AUGGCAUUAGAUUCAUUCCAAUGGCCUGAUCUUGUUCUGAUGAGUCUAGACCACAAUCGUCAUAAUCAGCAACAGCAUCAGCAUCAGCAUGAAGAGCCGCUUCACAUUCAAAUAUUCAUUCCUAUUGAUUUGAAGAGCAGGUUCAGGAGCAAUAAUGUUGUUCUCCUAGGUUACAAGAUGUCAAAUAUAUUGAUUAUCUUUGACUUGAAAAGCAAGGACGUCAAAUUACCGAGCGCUGAGUUUCCAGGUUUGCAAGAAAUAGGUACGCUUAACUGCAACAGCAGCAACAGCAGCAACAGCAACAGCAGCAACAGCACGAGUGAAUCUUCCCAGAUGUUGAAUUUACAUGUUGACACAAAGACAGGUGAUAUCAAGUGCGGUAGAACUGCUACUAUCAUCUACUUUAAUCCACCCAAUUUCACCAAUUUGGAAUAUUUUUCAAUUGAACCUAUCUUGUUACAAUCAAUGGGACCAAUAGGGCGAAAACUGAAAGUAUUGAGUCUCAGUCUUAAAAUGGAGGAGUACUAUAAGCCACAUUUUGACUCCCAGUCAGUUCAGAUGUGCAUAUCUAAUGAUACAGUGUUGGAAAAGAUUAAUCAAAUAUAUAGAACGCGAUUGAAAUAUAGGGAGCCAACAUCAAUGCUUCCAUUUGCAAGAACAAUCAAGAGCUUUGUGAAACCUGCCAUUAUCUAUUGGCUCGUUCCUUUUAUCCAAAUAUUUCAAAAAGUGCUCAUUCUUUUCAUUGACAUUAUCAAUUAUGAUGUGUACAGUUAUUCACUAGUCAAGAUGUCGAAAGUAUGUCGUCAACUAGAUUUACGACUAAAACAGUUGAAUUACUUUCCAAUCCAGUUUUUGUGCUAUUACAAUAAAAGCAUAUUGUACCAGGAGAACAACUCGCUUAUUGUACAUGACUUGAAAUUGCCUAUAUUCAACAGCAAUCUCAAUAUAAACAACUCAAACUACAUCAAUUUAUACAACUCAAUUUGGCUCAUUUUCAAUGACAUUCUUAUAGGAAUCACCAUUCAUUCAAUUAUUGCAAAUAAUCAAUAUCGAAUAUUUGAUUUUAUUCAAUCUCUGCUUUUAGAAAAGUAUCUUUUUUCAGAUAUGGUAUCAUUGAUCAAUUGGGUUUCAACCAAGCAUCCAGCGGGAUUCAAAUUGAACACUGAUUUGGGGAGGUUUCUCGGAGAUUUAUACGUGUGGACGGUAGUGUUUUGGAAGUCGAUGAUGGACAAGUUACAACUAACUGAGAACAGAAACCUUAUACUUUGCAUUGUUCGAAUUUUAUCUACUUUUGGAGGGUGUUCUUUUCUUAUCAGUUUUGUUCUCGAUAUAAUCAAUAUACUCACUUUUCACAUUUAUGCAUUUUAUUAUUGUGCAGCCAAGGUAUACAAGCGCCAAGUACUAGUCAUUAAAUCAUUGUUUCAGCUUUUUAGAGGCAAAAAGUAUAAUGUGUUACGUCAAAGAAUAGACAACUUGAAUAACUACGAAGAGGAGUCUUGUGCUGAUGGUUUUGAAGUUGACCAGUUGCUAGUAGGAACCCUUUUGUUCAUGAUUAUGAUUCUCCUACUUCCAACAGUAUUUGCAUUUUACAUAACGUUUUCUACACUUCAUAUCUCAACAUUGAUGGUUCACAACUUGUUGGAAAACUUACAGAUUGUGCUUAAUUUCACUCCAAUAUUUGUUUGUUUACUAAAAUUGAAAAAUUCUCGACGGCUACAAGGUGGUAUAACUUUUGAAUUUGUCAAGUAUAACAAGGAAAGUAAAGUAACAGAAGUUUGCAUGUCUAACAAGUCGCUCACAUAUACGGAGAUUUUUGUCAAUUUUGUUACGUUGACCAAAAGGGCAAAGAAUUUUCGAGAUUCCAUCAUAUGGAACUUUAUAAGUGGUGAUAUUAUUUUGAUUAGGUACGACCACAGUUUGAAGUUUUUAUAUUUGAUGCUUCCCGAAGAGUAUAGAGAAACCAUCAAUGUUUGGAAGUAUAUAUAG